AUGUGUCGGCAUGGGUGACUGUACCGUCUGCCACCGUGUCACUGGUCUGUUUGCGCCAAUUGGAGUCCUGUGCGCGGAGGCGGCGCGGGAAGCGGAGAUGGAAGGUUUCAAAUUGUACCAAACCUUCGUUCAAAUCAUUGAUGGAAGCCGCCGCGGCCCCCGCACAAACAAACUUCUGGCGCAACGAGAAAACAUUCACCUCGCUGCUUCAGAUGCUUGCAGUUGAAGCCGACAGGGGCGACAAGGCAACCACAAUCGCGCGUAAGGGCUCUUGUAAACGUCGCGCUCAAGGUUAACCCUCACGAGAGAGAGGGAGAAUAUGGCACUUCAGACAUCCUCAUCUCACACUGCAUUACUUCUGCAACAAAUUUCUGACGUUAAACACCAACUUGACGAGAUCCACGGUGAAAUAGAAGCGGAAAUAACGAAGACCAGGCAAAUAGAACGAGACAUCAUCCGAGCUUCAGAGAAUGAACAGCGAGCGACGCAAGAAAGGGCGAAAUGGAAGAAAAUUCUUAUCCAGAAGGAAGUCCAACACAUGGAUCUUCAAGCCGUAGCCGAUGCAAGCAAAGAAAGCAUAGCAGAAGCCGAAGAAAAUCUCAGUCUGACGAGAAAGAGGAAAGAAGAGUUGUACCUCAAGAUACAGGAAGACAGGGAUUCAUUUAUCGAAACUUGCAAACUUUUCCAGCUUCAUCAACAGGCGGAAGCUGAAAUUGGAACUGGACUGAAGUUAGUUCAGCGCAAGAGCAAUCUUCUCGCCCAAGUAGCGGCGUUAACAAAAACGGAUGAGGCUGUCAAGGUUGAGGAUGAAGCCCGUUCUAGGUCCAAGGUUAACAAACUUCGAGACCUUCAGAAUGGCAAUGAAGGACUACAGUCCGAGGUUGAUGAAGAGAAUGUUCAUAACCAAAAGCUUUUGAAACGAAUCGAAGGUCUGGAGGAUGCUUUACGUCUAAGUCGAUCCAAUGAAGACAUUGUGAGGCUUCAGGCUGAACUUGAAAACCUCACGGAAGAGAAAGGAGUUUUGGAGGAUGGGAUUGUUACUCUUCAGAAGCAGAUUCCGUUACUUCUGAAUCAUGAAGAGAAACUCGGUGGGCUCCUCAAGGAACAGCAACGGGUCUUGCAGAGCUUCGAAACAAAGAUACAUGAGGUUAGAAUUUUACGAGAGGCAUUCGAAGAUGACACCAGAAGGCAUGGGGAAUUGCCGCAACUGCCACUUCAUGACGAGUCACUUGAGAUCUAUUCGCAGAUUGAACAACGCAUUGCCCCUUCUCACAUCCUACUUGGGACGUGGGAACGGUCCAAAAGACAGGGAGGAAAGAGGAGCAGAAAACGAUAAUACAGGAACUAUAUGUUCCAACUGAUGCUCUGGAAAUUCGACACCCUCCACGAAGCACUGCAUGAGUAAUAUCGACUGAUCCAUCGAACAGCACAAUAUGAACGUCCCGAAUGGAGACUGAUCUCACUCUUCGCAGUAAUAUACAGACUGAAGUAAGCGACAGAGAAACCCGAGAUUCAACGUGACAAACGCUACUAGUGCUAUGUAAUGUUGAGCAUCUUGCGGCAUUGGCCCACACUCAUGUCGAGCGGCCGCUCAAGAAUUGAGUCCCACAAAAUUUCAUUUGAAAGACUUGUUGGAGACCUGGUUUAAUAAGUACACCCUGAUUGUAGACUGUGUUUUCCACCCAUGUUACGACUUCCUGUAAUUUCACUGGCUUUUAAACCUCUAUUCACAAAGAAAUAUACAAGAGUAACAUUCUGUAGAAGCAUAAAAACAUCCUUUGUUCUUCAAGAUUACCAAUUAUGCUAGUUUCUCAUAUUAGAUAAGUGAGAACAUGAAAACAUCAAAAAUUAAGUCUAGUAGAAUAUGCACUUUGUUUUGGUUGGAAUUAAUUUUAAAAAAACUUUUUAACACUAUCGUUAAAG